GCCAUCCUGACACGUGACUGGGCGACUCCCGUUAAGGGUCUGAGGCUUCUGGCUGUGUCGGAAUUUUCCCGGCCCUUUCCUGAUGAGAGAGCCCGUCCGUGUGGGGGUGUGACUGACCACUGACCCCGGGGGCCCAAUCACUGACCCUGACCUUGGAGUGCAGUCCCCCCUCAACCUUCAUUGGAUGGAAUUAUCCCCUGAAUUUCUUGUUCCCCAAUAAAAGGCUACUCCCUGGCGUGUUCACUCUCUCUCUCUCCUGCUAGCCCUGAGUAAUCCUUGCUGCCCUGCUGGGCGGUUAGAGGUUGGAGCCAGAGAGGGGAGCCGUCUCGGACCUGGCAAUAGAAAUAAGAAGGCGCAUUUCGUCCUAUUUGGGUACCUGAACGUGCUAUCAGACAUGGAAGAGAUGGAACCCAGAUUCAAGCGACUGAGGAUUGACCAGGAGGAGCCCCUAUCCAGAAGGAGGAGAUAUCGGAAAAGGAUGAAGAAAGACCAGAUUGACCCAGCCGAAAAGCUGAUUUCAUGGGAAGACUUGAAGAAGCUAACAACCCAGGCUUCCCGAAUACUUCGACACCUAGGAGAGAACAGGACCCCAGUGAUGAUGGUAGCAACAGUAAUUGCCCUGUUGGGCUGUCAGGUAAAGGGGGAUCAAGUAGACACUUACUGGACAUAUUUCCCAGAUCCACCCCUGGUACACCCAGCUGUGUGGACUGGAGAAUCUAUUCCAGUAUUUACUAAUGACUCAUUCAUGAUGGGAGGAUUUACAGAUACCCAUAUUACUCCCAAUCAUGUGACUAGAUUUAAUUAUUCUGGCUACAGUGCCCAAUUACCUUUGUGUUGGUCACACGAUAAACAUGCUGGCUGUCUGAAAGUAUCAUUCGAAGAAAAGACAGCGAUUGGUAGACCUAGACUGACAAAUAAUUCUUUUUAUGGGGACUUAAGACCUUAUACUAGAUCAGUAAUUAAGAUGGGACUUUCCCAUAACAAGCCAGUCAUUUCUGCAAAACCUCCACGGAUGCCCCACUGUCCAAAUAGUUCUACAAUUGAGAUUGGCACCUUUCCUAGAUGGAUGGAUUGUGUAAAUACCUUUCCUGUACAACAUAAGGUGUCUAAAGAUAGUGGGUAUAUUUUAGACUGGUCUCCAAAAAUUGAUAAAAGACAAUUACGAAGAAAUUCUGCUAUGACACCUGCAGGAUUUGUUAGUAAUAUUUUGACUUAUAGUAAAGGAGGUGUUCAGAAAGAUGUUUGGCGUUUAAUUGCUGCCUCAGAAUUCUUACAUUUUACAGAAAAACCUUUACCAAAAUUUGUUGGCAAGAACUGUAAAGAGGGAUCUUGCUAUGGCUUACGAGCCUGUGUCCAAUCUCCUUAUGUUUUAAUUAUUGGAAAUGUAAAAGUUAAAUGGAUAGAUGACAGAUAUAUUGUUACUUGUAAUAAAUGCAACCUAACCAAUUGUAUUACUAGGUAUAAUGGAGGAAAAGGAGUGCUGAUACUUCAUCAGCCCUCUUUUGUUUUAUUACCUGCUAAUAUUUCAGAGCCAUGGUAUGCUGAUACUGGUUUACAAGUCUUGCAGCAAAUUCAUGACCAGUUAGCAAGACCAAAACGUGCUAUUGGAGUUAUAAUUGUUGGUGUUUUGGCACUAGUCUCCUUUAUUGCCUCAACUGUCUCUGCAUCUCUGACAUUGUCUCAAAAUAUUCAGCAUGCGAAAUUUCUUAAUAAUUUAGCUCAAAAUACUUCCAAGGCUCUGCGUAAUCAAGUAAAUAUUGAUGAAAGGAUUGAGACUAAAUUAAACGCCUUAGAGGCGACUGUUAUAGACAUAGGUAAUGAACUUUCAGCCUUAAAAUUUAAGGAAAGGCUUAAAUGCCAUGCCAAUUAUAAGUAUGUUUGUGUUACAGCUGCCAAGUACAAUGCUUCUCUCUGGGAUUGGGAGAAGGUUAAAAACCAUUUAUUAGGUAUUUGGCAAAAUAGUAAUAAUAGCUUGGAUAUUCUGGAACUUCAUCACCAUAUCCAAGACAUUCAAAAUAAUAGAGCUGAUUUUUCUGAUCCUUCUUCUCUGGCAAACCAAAUAUUGAAGGAGUUAAAUGGAUUCAACCCUGGAAAUAUUCUUAAACACUCGGCCUGGUACAUUAUUGGAUUAUUCUCUUUGCUGUUAAUUCUCUUUUGUGUUAUAAUUAUAGGAUGGCGAGUCUUCGGAACAAGAAUACAGAAACUCCAAAGAGUGAACCGCCGCCUCAUUUUUAAGAAUAGAAAGGGGGAAUAUGUGGGAAGCCAUCCUGACAUGUGACUGGGCGACUCCCGUUAAGGGUCUGAGGCUUCUGGCUGUGUCGGAAUUUUCCCGGCCCUUUCCUGAUGAGAGAGCCCAUCCGUGUGGGGGUGUGACUGACCACUGACCCCGGGGGCCCAAUCACUGACCCUGACCUUGGAGUGCAGUCCCCCCUCAACCUUCAUUGGAUGGAAUUAUCCCCUGAAUUUCUUGUUCCCCAAUAAAAGGCUACUCCCUGGCGUGUUCACUCUCUCUCUCUCCUGCUAGCCCUGAGUAAUCCUUGCUGCCCUGCUGGGCGGUUAGAGGUUGGAGCCAGAGAGGGGAGCCGUCUCGGACCUGGCAAUAGAAAUAA